CAGGUCCUCCAGAGCACCGAGAGCGGCGGCCAGAGCGGCGGCGCCUCGCCUCUCAGCCGCAGCGCGGGCUGACGGCGCCCCGGAAGUGACGGCGCAUCGGCGUACGGGCGCUUGGCGGGCGACGGCGGCUGUAAGCGUCAUCGCGGGCGCGACGCCCCCAGGGGACAGUCUGGAGAUCGGCUGUCGUUAAGGUGCGGCGGCGAGACCGGCUGGGAAGAUGCCAGUGGCGGUGAUGGCGGAAAGUGCCUUCAGUUUCAAAAAGUUGCUGGAUCAGUGCGAGAACCAGGAGCUCGAGGCUCCUGGAGGAAUUGCUACACCCCCAGUGUAUGGUCAGCUUCUGGCUUUAUAUUUGCUCCAUAAUGACAUGAAUAAUGCAAGAUAUCUUUGGAAAAGAAUACCGCCUGCUAUAAAAUCUGCAAAUUCUGAACUUGGAGGAAUUUGGUCAGUAGGACAAAGAAUCUGGCAGAGAGAUUUCCCUGGGAUCUAUACGACCAUCAAUGCUCACCAGUGGUCUGAGACAGUCCAGCCGAUCAUGGAAGCACUUAGAGAUGCAACAAGGAGACGAGCCUUCGCCCUGGUCUCUCAAGCGUAUACCUCCAUAAUCGCUGAUGAUUUCGCAGCCUUUGUUGGACUUCCUGUUGAAGAGGCUGUGAAAGGUAUAUUAGAACAAGGAUGGCAAGCAGACUCCACCACAAGAAUGGUUCUGCCUAGAAAGCCAGUUGCAGGGGCCCUGGAUGUUUCCUUUAACAAGUUUAUUCCCUUAUCAGAGCCUGCCCCAGUUCCCCCAAUCCCCAAUGAACAGCAGUUAGCCAGACUGACCGAUUAUGUGGCUUUCCUUGAAAACUGAUCUAUCACCCUGAGUUCAAGAUCUACCUUCAGAAUCCUGUGUACUGACAAAUGUAGAAAUGUAAAAUUUUUAUUUUCAAUUUAUUGGAUGGAUGAAGCACCUCAGCAUUCCUUACUGAUUAUGUGAUAAAAUACAUAUAUAAUAUAAAGUAUAUCUAUUUUGUCCUUAAACAUGCUGAAUGGUUGUUGAAACAACUCUCAUUUUGUAAUAUUUAACAAUCUGGAUGGAGCUUGUCAGUAUUAUGUGGUUAGUUCAUAUUUCCUAGUGACUUAUAAAAUAAGAUCUCCUACUCCAUGUAGACCAGUGGUUGUCAACUGUCUUUCCCCUGCCCCAGCACAUGCCACACUCCCACCUGUACCACUGGUUCACAGGUGUAGUGAUUGCUUUGGAGUUUGAGGAGAACUGUCCCCAGGGGCAAGGUCUGAAUUGCUAAGGAUUAUGAGUCACCAUCUUUGAAGAACAUGCUCUCUUUUCUCCUCACCUCCUGUGAAUCACUAAUGUAGAAUACAGAAAGAUAGCUGAGGAGCAAAUAGAUCAUUUCCAUAGUAAACCAGUUUGUUAACUUUACAUUUUUUCCGAUAGCGUGAGUACAUCCAUUGCUGGCAGUGGAAGACUUGCCAUGAAAAUGCAACUUAUUUAAGAUAUUCAAGAGAAGUAUUAAGUUGUAGCUCCUUUCAAAAGAAGGGAGAAGUGCAGAAUGUACUAUAGGGGAAAAGAAGCUAUAAGACAAGCGACACUCUUUGUACAAUUACCUUGCAGCCUGCUGGUCGCUUGUGUUUAUCCCUUGGUUCAAGUUCUGCCCUUUGGAGAAAUACUAAACAAGUCUUUCAUUCUUUGUGUGACAGCCUUUGAAUAUUUAAAGUUGUUUGUUGUAUCUUCAGCUUAAAAUGCCCCUUAGUUCAUUUAUUCUGCAUUUGUUCAAUAAAUAUUUAAGUGAAUUCUUCAA